GAAUGUACAUAGCAAUAAGUCCGCUUGCUUUAGUUGGUUGAUUUUAAUAAUGCAAAGUUUGAUUCUGGUCAUUCUGGUAAUGAUGCCAGAUGUCUGGUGUGGAGACUGGAGGAUGACUUUCAAAAAUCAGUGUGCUUUGAAAGGGACGUCAGUAGUUAUAAAGUGCGAGUAUGACUAUCCUUUGGGUCAUAUUGUCACUUCAGUCGGUUGGUAUAAAGCCCAGCGUGUAUCUGACCAGUGGAGGUUGUUUCCCCUGUCAAACCUUCCUUCACCCCCAGACCACUUUAGAUAUGUGGGCAACUACCGGAAUGACUGUAGUCUGGAGAUCAAUGAUGUACAAUACACGGACAAUGGAGCAUAUGUUUUUACACACAAGUGGAGAAAUGAAACAUUUGCUCAAUUGUCAGUAAAAGAGCUGACCACUGUUGUACAGCCGAACACUGUGACAGAGGGAGAUAAUGUCAGGCUGAUCUGUGUGUCAGGUUGUCCUACACCUACAGCCAUAGUCUGGUUCAGAGAUGGGCAAGCUGUACCAAAUUCAGUCUUCCAGGCGAGGAGAGAGGAUGCUGGGAGGUACUACUGUGCCGUGUUGGGGCAAGAGACAGUCAGAUCUGCCUCUGUGGCUCUGAAUGUUCAAUACCGUCCAGUGAACAUUUCUGUUGCAAUGGACCCACCACAUGUUGUUGAGGGCAGCAGCGUGAAUCUGACCUGCAGCAGUGCUGCUAACCCUGCAGCAGACAACUACACCUGGUACAAGACUGCUUCUCCCAGCUCCAGCUCCAUGCUCCAGGUGGGCUCAGGACAGGUGCUGUCUCUCCCCUCUGUGGAGGCGUCCCACACUGGACUCUACCUCUGCCAGGCCAGGAACCAACUGGGGGAAAGCAACUCAACUGAGGUGCUGCUAGCCAUGAAGGAAGAGGAGCAUGGUGGCAUGUCCCUCCCAAUCUUAGCUGGACUUGGAGUCUCACUUUUUGUGACACUUGUGUUAGUUAAAUUUUUGUUCUGCAGGAAACAGAGGACCUGUGCAGAGAAAAAACAGACUGUGUUUCACUUCAGGCACAGUGGGAGAGGCUCCAGCUCUUCAGCCACUGAAGAUCAGUCAAACAGUAUUUAUGUCAAUAUCCACAUGUUGCCAUCCUCUCCUCCACCUGUUACUGACAUCACUCCUCAUUCACAGAGGAACUCGCGCCGUGAACAUGAUGCUCCCACAUCUUCUGAAGAUGAGGUUACCUACUCAACAGUGACCAUCAAACCCAGAAACCCCAGUCUUCCACAUGACAUAAAUACCAGCAGAGCCCCACAGGACUCCUCGUCCAAAGCAGGAGAGAAUGACGACUCUGUGAUCUACGCUACAGUGGCUAAAUCCAGAUGAGUUUGAUUGAAACCUUUUACUCCUUUGAGUGCAGGUUCAUCAUCAUCAAGAAACCUAUGCUGUCUUCCUCUAAAGAUAGUUAUGGAAAGUUCAAAGCUCAGUCCCUCAGGAAGGUUACACUGAGAUCUUAGAGCAUGUGCAAUAUUCUGUUUUCACAAGUUUUAUACUACUGUGUUUUUGUAAGGGUUUUUACUUUUUAUAGUUUGUACAGUCAUAACAAUGUAGGUAUUUCAUUUUACCUUAAAUAUUUUUAACUAAAAGGAUUGUUGUGAAAAGACAUCAGAUUUCUUUCUGUUAUGUUUAGGAUUCUUUACUGCAGUCUGUACAGUUAAUAUUAUAGAUUUAUGAAAAUAAAUGUGAUAUUAAGACACAAGCAAUUAUUUAAUUAAGGCUUUAUUUCAAGACUCAGUGCGACAAUUUACACAUCGUAAUUGUUAAAAAUGUACAUACAUGUAUUUUAUUUCAAAGGGGGAACUGGUGGUGAGUAGUUAUGAAUGCAAAUUACAUCGUUUAGUCAGGAGCUAAAAAUCUGUGCCAGAAAGGGUUCAAAUCUAUUUUGCAUAAAGUUUGUUGUAUUCACAUACCAUCCUUUAUUUAGGCCAGUGCAGGAUACAGAUUCAGUGAUAUCUACAAUACUAUUCUACAUUACAUUUUUGAUCAUGUAUCUUGACGGCUGUAUUGUAAAUAUUGUACAGCAUAUUUUGUGUUUGAUCAUGACAUCAGCAGGAUGCAGCACUCUUCUUUUAAUGCGUAAGUUAAUUGUCUUGUAAAACAAAUACAGUAGUAUAGUGACCUCUUUGUGUCCUGAUGCCACUGUAAUCUGAACCGUACGAGUAAGUAAGUAAUAAUCCGAAAUGUAGCACAUGAAAUAUUUUUUGUGGUCUAUGUUAAAUAUGACUGUAGGGAAUUUUAGUAUAUAACACUGCACUUUGGUACUGGAUGAGUACACACUCAUGCCAGUUAAUGUGAUGUCAUUAGCAUUUGAAAUCUGGAAAUCUUGACUUUAAGAUCUGUGGAUCAUGAAUCAUCAUCUGUAACAUGUCUCAAAUAAACAUCUACAUAAACAAGACACUGACUAAUAUUUACAAAACAACAACAAAUGACUGAUUUCAAUGUAAGCAUUAUCUUCACCUAUUCAUGUGGAAAUUUGAUAAAGUCAGACAUUGUAUGAAUAUUUAUUUUUAAUACAAAACUCAGGCUACUGCAUAUAACGACAUGACAUGUUUCACACAAGUAAGAAUUUAAUGAUGAAAGAAUGCUUCCUAUGUGAAAAGUUUGAUAUGUGUAAUUUUACUAAAUAAAGCUCACCAAGGAAUGUUUGAGUUAUUCAUUAGCAUUACUCAUAGAUUACUGACAUUUUAGAUCAUUAGUUGUCUGCGUAUAAGCCUGCGUCUUAGUGUUGCACAAUGUAAAAGUACUAAAAGAGUUGAGUUUGCACAAGAUUUUUUACUGAUCUUUAUUACAAAUCGACUCAUUGUGGCUUACUGCGCACACUGGCUGCAGGAAGUCCGACACUGAAGACACUGACUCAUGUGGAACAAGAUAAAACCUCCACAUAAGGAAUGUAAGACUCUUAUUGUAUGAAUCCUUGCAAUUGCAUCUAGAAUGCUUAAGAUGAACCUGAGCCUUUACAAGUCUUAAAGGUACUGUGUGGAGUUUUUUACAUAUAUAAAUCGCUUUUUAUUGCCACUGUGUGAACAGAUUGCAACGUAACUUUAAAAAUGAGACCUUCCCCAACUUUGGCAAUUGCCUAUAACUGUGCACUGAUUUCUAUGUAAAGGACUUGGGACCAUUUUUCCACAAAAAUCCAAUGGAUGUGAAGUUUAUGAGCGCUCUCGAGUGCCUUGCCUCUCUUCAGCUCCUCUACAAAGCCAACAGUGUGCAACAAUAGCUAAUGUUAGCUUAGAAAUGGGGUCCGCUAAGACAUGGGGUCCGCUAAUGUCAACAAGCGACUGGCACCCACCCAUGACAGCUACAGUAGCUUAAAAUAGCUAUAGCGAUGUGGGGCACUGAAUUUGCUGAAUUUACUGUUCAUCAGACCACAAAUGAGACAAGUAUUAGUUUGGAAAAAUGACAGACCCGGCCCCGGUCCAGCUGUGUUGACUGCAGUUCAUUUAAUGGCCAUCGGUGACAUAAAUAACAAGGAUUUUCUGAAAACUCCACACAGUACUUUUAAUGCUCUUUAGCUCAUAAGUUAUAGUGGUUAUGUCUAACUUGACUUCUGGUGACAUUGCAGUUUAAUGCAACAAAAAAAUGUAAGACGAGAAAAAAAAGUUAU